AGUAGAAAAUAGGUGCAGUUAGUUUCAAAGGCAUUUUCGGAGAGAAUUGAUUUCUGGAGAAUGGAAAUUCUUUGUUUCGAGGAAAUAUAAUUCAGCUCUAAUUGACAUUUGUUAACCUAGACGUUAGCUGUACAAGACGUGUGGAGCUUUUAUAACAAAGAUUGAUAUAAAAUGGACAGAGGCGAACAAAGUAUUCGUGGUUAUGAAUUAAAAGAAAAACUUGGCGCGGGGGCAUUUGGUGAAGUUUACAAGGGACGAAAAAAUGGCAACACCUACGCUAUCAAAAAGAUACCAAUUGGAUUUAGAGAAGAACGUGCCAAAAUAGAGAAGGAAGUGACGUCAUUGAAGCAUCUGCAAGACGAAAAUGUCGUUCGAUUUAUCGACAGUUUCGAUGCGAACGAUUCUGUCUUCAUAGUCCUAGAGUUUUGUAAUGGCGGCGAUUUGAAUAGUUAUAUUCUGCGAAAUCGCUCGACAUCCACUGCAGAUAGGUUAGGUUUCGUCAACCAGUUGGCUAAAGGUGUGAAAUAUCUUCAUGCCAACAAAAUCGUGCAUCGUGAUAUAAAGCCAGAUAACAUAAUGAUAAAUAACAAUGGGAUUAUCUUUGAUAAUCUUGUUAUCAAAAUAGCUGAUUUUGGUUUGUCAAGAGUAUGGGAAGCUUUCAAUUACCAAUCGCCCUACUACAACUUCCAGUAUAGUCCUAAAGGACCACCUUACUACACAGCACCGGAGGUAUAUCACGAUAACGUCACAAUGAAGAGUGAUAUUUUUAGCAUGGGGUGUGUGAUAAUGGCACUGUUUGCUGGUACCACUAUUACCUGGAUUGGGGGAAAGCAGCUUUUGGCGCCAUACAUCGGGUCAGCAGCCUCGGCCAAGAAACAAAUAUCAGAAGCCACAGAAGACGAAAAGCUGGCUAAUGUCAGGAGAUAUAUACAGAUUCAAGCUAACCAAAAAGCUUUCCAAGAUCUGGUUUAUGACAUGGUCCAGAAGAAUUGGCGAGAUCGACCUAAUGCUGAUAAAGCUUACCAACGGGCAUAUGAUAUCGUUGCUGGAGAGUCGUGGUGUAGUAUAAUGUAAGAGAACGAUCCGGUGAAACGCUAUCCGGCAAUAUAGACCAAAAAUAUAUUGGGCCUACAUGUAUUCAGUUCUAAAUAUUAUCAAAUUAUAAUUAUUGUAUAGACACACUAAAUGGAAAAUGGACAUAAACAAUGCGGUUUAAAAUAAAAGUGCAAUUUUCUAUAUUGAUUUAACGUAAUUUGAUUUUGAUUUAAUUGAUUUAAGGCUUAAAGUAACAGUAUCCGUUUCUAUGUUGUGGGUGUACAGUGACCAAGUUUGGUUAAAAAGAAGCCACUGUGGUUAGGUGGGUAUGGUGCUGGCACACUAACCAGGGCGUUACGGGUUAGAUCCUGGUGCUGCCAGAGAAAGUUCCUUAGGGCAUUCUAGUAUAUUUUACUUGUCAGUAGUGCGGGGGGCAGAGAGCUUAGCUCACUGACCUCUGAAAUGUUUGAUUGUUUAAUUUUGGACUGUCCAACGGCGGGGCGAAGCAGCCAUUGAGCGACACAAUGACCAUGUGUCACGUCCUUGUGCUUCAUUCUUCUCCGAAACUGCUGUAGUAAUAUGAAGGGAAAGAAUUUGUGCUUUGAAACAUCUAUGUAAAAUAAUAUUAGGGUUUUGAUUAAUUAUUCUCCAUUGCCAAAAUAUUAGCUAUGGUAUAAGGUAAUUCUGAAACGCAAAUUAUAAGUGUUUCUGAAUAUUGUGACAAUAACAAGACAUGAGGUCUAAAAGACAAAGGAUAGAGAAAUACGACGGCCGAAACAAUAUCAUUAUCUUUACAAAUUAUUGAUUCUAAGUUCAUAAAGUAGAGAAAGUAUGCUGGUUGUUUAGAUACGUUAACGCAGUUAGAGUUUAGUAAUCAUGUUGGUCAUUUGCAUUUUUCGAGGAUAAAUUCUAAAAGCAUGUGACAGGAAAGUUACCAUUUCAUAUUUGGCAUGGAGUGACAAAUCACAUGAUUAAUUACAUCAUAAUUAGCCAACAGAAUAAUUAAUGGGUGUGAAUCUGAGAAUAUAUAAUUAAUAAAUGUGCGCUCCAGGGUAGACAGCCAUGUAGUUCUCGUACGAGAGCGGGUUAGAGAGAAUGUAUUAGAGAGAAUGACUUUAUUAUGCUUGUAACUUUGUAACCUAUGUGUAGCAGUGCUUAAUAUAAAAUGCAGAAACGAAA